GGCUUUGGUUCUGGCUUCUGAGGACUUGUUUCCAAGCUUGGAAAAUAGACGGAUUUCUGAGCUAGCGCCUCUAGAAAAGUCAUUCUUGCCCUCUUUACUCUACCUUAGGGCAAAUUAGCAAUAGGAUCGGAUUUGUACUGAAGCGGUUCACAGAAUUCGGGCCUGAUCUCUCUCCUCCAUCUGCUAUAUUUCUUGAUAAAGAAGACGUAAACCGAACUUUGUUUUUUUGUUUGAAAAGCGAAUUUCAGCUUUGUUUCCUAAAAUUAUAGACUAACCGUCUUCAAUCCCUCUGUCUCUCUCCUCCUAACUGCGCAUCUCUAUCCUCUCCGCCAAAUUAGUAGUAUCGCUGAACUUCGAUCUCUCCGGCCCUCUUCUCUACCAUGGCCGCCACCACAAAAAAGCUCGUUUGGGUUAAUGGCUAUGGUAAUCUUGGAGGCGAUGAUGGUAAAUUUCUGCCUUGCAUCAACGUCGAAUUAAACUUCCGUGUGGAGCAGACUUAUCAUCUAAAGGAUGGAUAUCCUGAAAGCAGAACCAGAGACCUCAUCACCCGAGACGGUAUCGGAGAGAUCUCAUCACGACGUCCAUACAAGUACUUAACCUAUGAUUUGCUCUACUCAAUGAUCCAUGGCAUGAAAAUCCCCUUCACUCUAGAGAAGAUGCAAUGUGAGCAGACUGAGUUGGAGAACACCGACGACCUAAUCCGUCAUGCUUUGGAUGUGGCUAGGUUCACCGUCAAUAGAUAUUGCAACUCCGGUCAGAAGCUAUUCCGAUUGGACAUAUACAUAGUGAAUCGACUGAUUUUACCCCACGCUCAAUUUGAAGCAAUAAACCUUGCAAAGGAGCAGGUAGAACGUUGGUUUCGACUUCAUCAGAAGGUUAAUCGGAUGAUACUGUCGAAAUCGUUUUCCGACUUUGGUUCCAUCCACGGGGAAAUAGGAAGAAUGGUGAGGGAAACAGCUACUUUCGAUCAAGAUUUGGAAUUGUCAUUGUGUCCUUUCUUGGACAAUGAGUAUGAUGAAGACUUGGAGUUGUCAUUGUUGGAACGAGCUAUGAGGGAGUACUUUCAGGAGACAAUAGAGCCGGUGAGAUUUGAGGGUGAUAUUGAUGAUCAUGGUGAGGAGGUGGAAGUACUCUGUGUUAUAUGUAAGGAUGAAAUCGUCAUUGGGUCUCCAGUCAUUCGGAUGCCAUUCUCUCAUAGAUACCAUGUCCAAUGCAUUGCAGAGUGGCCAUUGUGUCGCUUCAAGUUGUCAAUCAACAAAUCUGAGGAGAAAACCCUGAACGAUUGAGGUGUGGAUUGAUGAUUGAGCGUCGAUUUUCUAUUAUUGAUUGUGAACUUACAAUCCGAAUGUAUAGAAUCUGAGAGUUUGAGCUUCCGAGUAUUUCAAAGAGCUUUCUUGGGAUCGUAUCAUCACAAUCACCAUCUUCAUAGUGUUCUUGGUCUUCGCCUUGUUGUUCAUCCUUCGAUCAUCAGCAGAAUUUUAAUUAGAACCUCUGCAACUUCUGGGAGUGGGCAUAUUGUUCUCUGCAAUAUUUGGAACCGGGAAUGGAUCCUCAGUAUCAGUUGAAAAUGCUGGUUUGUUAGCAUUGACACGUGUUGGCAGCCGAAGAGUUGUGCAGAUAUCUGCUGGUUUCAUGAUUUUCUUUUCCAUACUUGGCAAUUUAGGUGUUACGAUGUCCAAAUAAUGCAAAUAAUCCAUAGUUUAAGUGUUUAACCCAUAGUAAAUAAACCUUCAUUUCCAAGUACAUUUGUUAAAAAUAAUUUACUAUUCAGAGAUAUUCGGAGCUGUCUUUGCCUCAAUCCCAGCUCCAAUCAUUGCAGCUGUGUAUUGCCUUUUCUUCUCCUACGUGGGUAUGUGUUACCAAAUGAAGAAGUCCCUAUUUUAUUCUAAUUUUUCUACUCGAAUCAUUAAGGAGUUCAAGUUCAAUAAUUUUUCUUGAAUUUGUGUUCAUAGCAGUCGAUCCUUGAAGUUGCUCUUCAUUUUUUUGAUUCCUGAAUUUGCGUUUCAUUUAAUGAUUCUGUGCUUAAUUUGAAUCUCUACAUUCUUGAUGAUUCAUAGCAGUCGAUUCUUGAAAGAAACUGUAGAAAUCUUUUUGAUUAAAAUUGUAUGAUAAUGUUGACCUUCUAUGUAUCCUUUAGGUUUUGGAAAGAUCAAAUUAAGCGCAGUAGUUAUGCUUUUAAUUUCAAAGUUACCCACUCAAGUAAGUUGCUUUCUUUUUGCUUCAUGGUUUCAGUUUGAUUGUGUGUUUGAUUGGACCAUUUUGAAAUAUCUGCAAUCUCAGCUUGCCAAGCCUCCUUCCCGUCCUCUUGUAUAUGUUGGUAUAAUUGUAUGUGAUCUCAAUUCCUGUUGAUAUGAAUAACUUGUUCAUAAUUUACAAUUCUUUUGAUGAAUUUGUGCUUAAAUAUCUGAUUUCUUGAUUGAUUCAUGGUAGUGAACUGUGUCAUCUAGGAUCGUAGUAGUUAAUUUUCUUUGAAAGGCAAUCAUAGUAGUGAAUUGUGUGUGUCUGAAUUAAAUUCCGUCUAGAAUCGUGUGAAAAAGCAGUACCCUGCAUGAGUAAUUCGAAUACUCCGAGUUGAGUUCAUGUGGAAAAGCAGUGCAAGGCCCAGAAAUUUGAGAUACUUUUACAUGUACACAAAGUAUUCCUGAAUAGAGUAAUUUGAGAUAUUUUAUUGUUCUGCACCAGUCUUUUACUCUUAAAUUAUUAGGAUAUAUUGUUUAUAUUGCAGGAAAAUGACACUAUGAAAUCAAAAAGGGAACUAACACCUCCUUCCCUGCAGAUGCAGAGUGUUUCCAAUUACUUAAUAUCAUUAAUUUCUUUAGAACUUGAAAUCAAUGUCAUAACUAUGGUAAUAAGGCUCACACCAUCCCACAUAUAGGAUCAACAGUAUCACAUAAUGUGAUAUCAUAAACUAACAACUUAUUAUAUAACUGUGCCUUCUUCAUAAGUAGGCUCAAAUCCUGGUAAAAUUAAGCUAACAUACGAUAGACAUGGGGUUAAGCCUUUGUAUUGAUUGGGAUAGAGUCCGGCAUAACCUUUGGCAUGAGAUUUGUGCUCUUAAAUUAAUAACUACUUGUUUAUACUUCAGGAAAAUGAGACUGGAGAAAUUUCGGAGGGAAUCAAAAGCUCAUUUACUGCAGAGUUGUUUCAGAGAAUGAGACUGAAGAACUCCGAAAGGAAAUCAAAAGCUCCUUCCCUGCAGAAUUGUGCUUUCACAAGAACAUUUUUACCCUGCAUUCUACCCCCUGUUCGCCCAGAGCACCAGAGCUUUCGCUUAUAAAAAUCCAUCAACAUUUAAGUGUCUCGUAUGCUUUUCCAAAAGGUUAAGAUGUUGAACAUUCUUCUGAGAAGAUUAGGUUACAUUAUCUACAAAAAUACAGCACGGAGACGCGAAAUCAUCCAGGCCUGUUUCACUACAAGGAUGCCUUUUGCCCUGAUUGUGGAAACAGCUUCGAGAGUGAUGAUGCCAUGGAGGAACACCAAUUGAAGGAGUGCGAGUACAAUUAAGACUGACACAAAUUAUGUUAGCAUUGGUCACGUAUAUACAAAACAUGCAACAAUAACCCAAGUAAUAACAAACUAAAACAGGUUCAAUGACAUGAUCAAUGUGCCUUUCUCAUCGGAAGCAUUUGUUGCCGGCAUGUUGGCGCUUUUCCUAUACGUCGCACUGCAUCGCAAAGACACUGCAACCAGGAAAGACCGGGGCAUGCAUUGCUGGGACAGGUUCCGGUCAUUCAAGACGGAUACGAGGAGCGAAGAGUUCUAUUCCCUUCCCUUCAAUCUCAACAAGUUUUUCCCAUCAGCGUGAUUCUUGGGUUGUAGUUUUUGAGGCAGUGUGAUCCAAGUCAUGAGCUAGCCCCCAAUAGCUCAUUGUGGGUAAUUUUACUUUGAUCAUCAAUCUCUUUACUAUAUUUCUUCACCUCCUUUUCAUUUUAGUCUUUAAUACAAAAAACCAUGUUUAGUAUAGAUGAAUCUCUUGUUCUCACAGCAUUAUCUGGUGAGCGGUUUUUCCUGAUAUUCCCCUUUUAAUCCCUGUAUGUGAAACUGGUGUGAUGAAAUGUAGUAUGAGCAUCAUUUUUUUUUUUUUUUUUUCAUUUUAUACUAACCAUGCCUGUGUUCUUUCUUUCCAUCAUUUUUUUUUUUCAUUUUAUCGUAACAUUUUGCAACCUAGAUAUCGAAUUCAAAAUUUUUUCCAUCAAAUUCAAAUAUACGAAUUUGGUGUGGGCAUAAAUCCAAAAUUACGAGAAAGAUAAGGGAUGUGGGAAAAAAUUCACGUGCUGCCGCUCUUAUGAAGCCGGACAAUGUGAGAUC